AUGCACCAGAUUUACAGCUGCAGCGACGAAAAUUUAGAAGUUUUCACCACUGUGAUUUCAUCCAAAUCAUGUAGCCCUGCCCGAAGAAGAGCCAAAAGUACGCAGCACAUCCUAACAAAGAGCGUGGUAGCCAUAUCUGAUCACCGACCCCACAGGACGGAGAAGGUGCAGCCCCACCAGAGUGACCUCCUCCGAGUGCUGUACAGCCAAGACGAGGUGCAGGGCUUGGGCCGCCUGCCAAGCGGGCAGCGGGGACCCUGCCCUGACCAGGUGGGAAUUACUGAACCAGAGUCAUCCAAGUCCUGUAAUCACCUGUUGAAUGGAAAAUCUUUGUUCCCGCCAUCGCCGGUUGCCCAUGGCACAGCGAAAGCGGCGGCUGUCACAGGCUCACCCACGGGCGACGCUGCUCCUACAGACGACCACAAGCAGCACUGGAAGAAGUCAGCAGAGUAUGACCUGACCCUGCCACCCGGAGCAGAAGCUUCCCUACCGCUGACAGGAGGCAACCUGUGCGGGACACCCAGCCUCCUGAGGAAGAUGUGGAUGAAGCAUAAGAAGAAGUCAGAGUACCUGGGAGCAACAAACAGUGCCUUUGAGGCGGACUGA